AUGAAAGUCACCAUCAAAGAGUGGAAUUCAGUCGCCACAUGGCAGUGGGACAUACCCGAGGACGACGUCUGCGGCAUCUGCCAGGUGCAUUUUGACGGGACGUGUCCGACGUGCAAAUACCCCGGCGACGACUGCAGCCUCUUGUCCGGAAAAUGUGGCCAUAAUUUUCACAUGCAUUGCAUCAUGGAAUGGAUUAAACAAGAGUCGGCAAAGGGACAAUGCCCAAUGUGUCGACAACCAUUUGAGUGGCAAGAUCAAGCCAAUGAGCCGGAUGGACCUAACGAGGCUCCUACACAAACGGAAUGA